UGCUAUCUAUUUUGACAGCUCCAGAUCAUCAGAAUUACUUGACUGGGGAUGCUGUCACCCGGGACCGGUAUCGUUGUUUGAGAUCUUGCUUUCCCCGUCUUGACAAGUACGCGGCGGCGGAGGUUCGAGUGACGUGUAACAAAGUUUUCCCGUCGCGUUUCCUGAUCCAGAACUGUUCACAUCACAUACGUUGUAGUGUUUGCGCACUGCGCUUUUGUAAAAUGCGGAAUUCGGAGCCAAGUGUUGCAGAAAUGAACCGGGGAAAGCCAUUUCGACGAUUCCUGGCCAUUGCUGGCAUUAUGGUGAUUGUGUUUUUCACUUUGCCGGAGAUUUGUGCGUCGCAUGAUCAUCACGAUCACGAUUUCGAGGAAGCGCCGAGCUUCAAGUAUUCGAGACAAGCGAACGAGGAGUUUCAUAAGAAGCAGCAGGAACACCUGGAUCUUCAUGAACAUGCCGGUCAUCACCACCAUCAUGGCCAUGAUCACGGGCACCAUCAUCACGAUCACGGCCACCAUCAUCACGAUCAUGGGCACCACCAUCAUGACCACGGACAUCGACAUGACAACGGCCACAACCACGCUCAUCCCCCAGCUGCUCAGAAAACAUCGGUGCCGCCAGCAGACAUGUUCAACAUAUGGCUACAUUCAAUGGGUUCAACUCUGCUCAUCAGUGCUGCACCGUUCUUGAUUCUAUACUUUAUUCCUUUGGACAAUACUGAAAAAAUGAAACCACGCCUUAAAGUUCUUCUGUCAUUUGCUUCAGGUGGUCUUCUUGGUGAUGCAUUCUUGCAUCUUAUUCCUCAUGCAACUGCGCCACACAAUCAUGCAGACCAUUCAUCUGAAUCACAUUCCCAUCAUCAUCAUCAUGAUGAAGAAGGGCACGGGCAUUCCCAUGACAUGACUGUCGGUUUAUGGGUGCUUUCAGGUAUCAUCACAUUUCUUGCUGUCGAAAAAGGCGUGCGACUUAUCAAAGGAGGCCACGGUCACAGUCACGGUGAAGCGCCUUCGCCGAAACAGGCAGUAGUAAACAAUGCAAAGAAAGACGAUGGAGACAAGAAGGCCUUGAAUAAGAAAAAACAAGAUCAAACAAAGGAUAGCAAGAAGACUAGGAAACCAGAAGAGAGCAACGUUUCGGUUUCAGGAUAUUUGAACUUGGCGGCUGAUUUCACGCACAAUUUCACAGAUGGUCUGGCAAUAGGAGCUUCCUAUUUGGCUGGGAAUAGCAUUGGACUCGUAACUACUGUAACAAUUUUACUUCACGAAGUUCCUCAUGAAAUCGGCGAUUUUGCAAUAUUAAUCAAGUCAGGCUGCUCGAAACGAAAGGCUAUGCUUCUUCAAUUGGUAACCGCCUUAGGAGCUCUUGCCGGUACUGCGCUGGCUCUGUUAGGUGCCGGAAGUGAUGCGGCUGCUUCAUGGGUGUUGCCGUUCACGGCUGGUGGUUUUAUUUAUAUAGCAACGGUAAGUGUGCUCCCGGAACUACUUGAGGGGUCUACAAAACUUGGUCAAUCUCUGAAGGAAAUUUCAGCUUUACUAGCAGGUGUAGGAUUAAUGAUUAUAAUUGCAAAUUUCGAAUAGGUUUUAGGAAUAAAAUUUUAUUGUUUACAUGAACUUAGAACAGUCUUUUUUGUGGAACUUGUUAUAGAGAUAUUUUGUAUGUAUUGUGUGCAUGUGAGGAAUUCGUCAUUUGUUAGAGAGAUUAAGUUCUUUUCGAAACAGUGAUAUGUAUCUAUCUGUGUACUGCGAUAGUAAAAUAGACGAUAAAAUGAAA